ACAGCUGUUCGCUGUUAUCAAAUGUAAACAAACCGUGUAGAUUAACAAAUUUUCGUGCAAAUUUAAUAAAAAUGAAACGUUUUUAUAAUAAUUUAAAUACAAUUUGUUUAAGAAAUUCAGCAGCUAUUAAAUAUCAACAACAAAGGCAGCAACAUGAUAAACAAAGCACGCAAACUAAUCAAUUAUUUGGAGUUAAAUACUGCAUGAAUUUAGUGGAGAAAAAUGAUUAUGAAAAUUACUUGUGUACCUUGCUAUUGCCUAAAGAACAGAGAAGGCAUGCAUUUGCUUUGAGGGCGUUUAAUGUAGAAGUGGCCAAGUGUUCCACUAAUGUAAGUCUCCGAGCCUGCCAUAGCAAAAUGCGUUUAAAAUUUUGGUAUGAUUCCAUAGAUAAAUGUUACGACAAAGAGAAAUCCUAUGUGGCCGAUCAGCCUGUGCUGAGAGAAAUGAAACAAACCAUCGAUUCCUUUAAACUGAAUAAACUUUAUUUAAAACGUUUAGUUAAUGCCCGUGAUCGUUCCCCCAAUGACCCUUUUAUUACUCUAAAAGACUUAGAAACUUAUGCCGAACAGACUUAUUCUUCUUUGCUUUAUUUAUUAAUUGAAUUGACGGGUGUUAAGGAUUUAAAUGUUGAUCAUGUUGCUUCACAUUUGGGUAAAGCACAAGGUAUAGUUACUCUAUUAAGAUCCAUACCAUACACAAAACGUAGCCAGGCUUUAAGUAUACCCCAAGAGAUUCUUAUUAAACAUGGCGUUAGUCAGGAGCGAGUGUUGAGAGCUAAUCCUCAGGAUAAAGGUGUGGAAGAGUGUAUAUUUGAGGUGGCUACGGCGGCGCAUCAACAUUUGGAACAU